CCCGGUUUAAUCCCUUAUGGAAAUUCAUUAUCUAUAGUAUUUGUCAGUACACUGGAUUCCUUAUGAUAAGUUUGGCGAUUGGACUUGUCCUUUUGGCAUUUUUAGUGCCCUAUGGACAUGGGCUUGUGCAUUUCGUGAAACUUCAACCUGGAGAAAGCGGUGGUUGCAAGGGCGUAACGGGCAAUGACUUAAAGGUGGGUGAAACGGAAAAGGACGAAAAUACCUGUGGAGUUUACGUUUGUCAGAACGACAAGGGCGAUUCCUUGAUCCACUACUGCCAAUUGCCGGCCACCUUUCAGGAGUGCUCCGACGAAGGAGUCUCCACCGUACUUCCAUUUCCCGAGUGCUGUUGGAUCUGCGUUGAAUGGGAGGAUUGCGAUGCAGGCGGAGGAGAUGGGGGUGGUGAAGGAGGUGGUGAGGCUGAAGGUGAAGCAAAAUGAAAAUAAAUGACCAAGAGAUACAAUAAAAUGCUACAUAACUUGAUAAAUAGUAACUUAAGAUCAAAGUAGAUCUAAAACAAAAUUUUAAAAUUUGGUCCAUAAAAUCUCCCCUAAAAAUGAAGGUGAAGCAAAAUGAAAAUAAAUGACCAAGAGAUACAAUAAAAUGUAACAUAACUUGAUAAAUAGUAACUUAAGAUACCCUAAUAUCAAUACCGAAAAUCAGUUGGUCUCCCCUAAAAAGUUUUAAUGAAAAUAUAAGGCCCUUCCAAGUGUUUUAAAUAGUGCGUAAUAGACAAACUUCUAGGAGAUACAAUGUAAGAAUUACGGAUAAAUAUGCUAUAAUAAAUAGUAAAAUAAGA